CUUCCUUAGAAAAUUAGCCUGUUCACUUAUAGCCAGAAUGUAUGUCAUUUCAAGAAAAGAGAGUUAAAUCAAUAAACCUGUACCUUCAAUAAGUUGCAGUAUUGUUUCAAUUUGCACCCAUUAAUAAAUGGCGGAUUCUAGUGCGAUGCUCUGCGACUAUGAUUCUUCACUGCAGUCUUCGGAUGAUGGAAAUGUUGAGGAGAUACGGAGUUCAAAAAGCCCCAUAAUUUCCCAGGAGGAAAGAAACAAUGUUGAUACAGUGAAGAACAGGAUUUCACCCACUGAAACAACAAGGAGCUCUUCUUUGGUCUCAUCUUCAUUGCCUGCUAGCUACAUUAUUGAUAACAGACGCCGAUCAAGUAGUCGUGAACAUAGUUCUUCAAGGCGACGCCGAAAACGAAGUCGUGCCUCCAGAUAUGAUCGUGGGAGUCCAAGCGAACAUGUGAGUUCCUCAAGGCGCAAACGUUCAUCGCAUCAUUCAAAGCACAAACAUUCAUCCAGAAAGCAUCAUCAUCGUGAUUCUCACUACAGUGACCAUAAACAUCGUUACCGCCGAAAGCAUCGACGUCGCAGUUCGACCUCAUCUACGAGUUCAUCUAGUGAUACCAGCCGUGAGAGCAAACCAAGUAGACGUGGCAGCCAUAAUGGUAGAAAUUCGACACAACUCACAAGUUUCAAGGAUAAUAUUAGUUCGCAACCGAAGCCAGAAAACCGGGACACCGCCACUGUUAUCCCGACAACUGGAACCACUACAGUGACAAACCCUCCGCCAGUUCCUAGUCAAAGUGCUACAAUGAAUCUUCCUGUCCAGAGGUUAACAGCUCAAGAUAUAUUGGACAAAAUACAAAAGCAUCAACAAGAGCAAGCCAAGGCUCAGGCACUAGCUGCUGCCGCCGCCGCAAAACUUCCAAAAUACUACAACCCAACCACUGUCAACGCCGUUAAACUUGCAGAGCAGCAACAAAAGCGCAAAUUAUUGUGGUCCAAAAAAGACAGUGAAAACACUAGUUCUGAAAGUAAAACUCUUUGGACAGCUACCUCUCUAAUUGCUGGAAAAGGUGAUUCUGCAGCUGCCGCUAAAUUUCGAAAAUUAAUGGGAAUUCAUGAUUCUUCCGGAGAAGUACUAGACGGUGGUGCUGCCAACGUUAACGAAACUGAGGCUCUUCGUCGAGCUGAAGCUCAGGCUGAACUUUUCCGACGACUGGAACACGAAUAUGAAAUGUCUCGCACUAUAACACAUACUCAGCGAGGUGCUGGUCUUGGUUUCAGCUCAUCUAGUCAUGUAGAUUACAAUGCAUAUGCUGCUAUGCAAAGUGAAAAAGACAAAAACCCUAAUUUAUAAUUGUAUUUACCUUAAGAAUUCACUUGUACAGCUCACCAUUGAAUAUUUUAAAGAAUGACUUCAUUAUUUGCAAACAUGUCUCAGUCAUUUUUU